CUCUUCUUCUUCUUCUUGUUCUUGCUGUUUCUGGACCUCCAUCAACAAUGGCGGACGUCGGGUCGGUCUCCGACAAGAGAAUGUCGUGUUCCAUACCGGAGAGGUUCCAGCUCCACGCUGCCAUGCUGGCCUUGCAAUUCGGCUACGCCGGUUUUCAUGUCGUCUCUAGAGCUGCCCUCAACAUGGGAAUCAGUAAACUCGUCUUCCCCGUCUACCGAAACGUCAUCGCUUUGCUCCUCCUCCUCCCCUUCGCAUAUUUUAUCGAAAAGAAGGAUAGGCCUGCGCUCACUCUCAACUUCGUCAUUCAGUUCUUCUUCCUCGCUCUUGUUGGAAUCACAGCCAACCAAGGGUUUUACUUGCUGGGUUUGGAUAAUACUUCCCCCACCUUUGCAUCUGCCAUACAGAAUUCUGUUCCUGCCAUUACGUUCCUCAUGGCUGCACUUCUCAGGAUAGAGCAGGUGAGACUGAACCGAAAAGACGGCAUAGCGAAGGUGUUGGGAACUCUAUGCUGCGUGGCCGGAGCCACGGUGAUCACACUGUACAAAGGUCCAACCAUAUACAGCCCGGCCACGACGGCGACGGUGACGCUGCAGGGCACGGCGGCCGUGGCUGCGACGGGAGGAAUGUUUCCGUCACUAGGGGACGCAAAGGGAAAGAGCUGGACCCUGGGCUGCGUCUACUUAAUCGGCCACUGUUUGUCGUGGUCGGCGUGGCUGGUCCUGCAAGCGCCGGUGCUUAAAAAAUACCCGGCGCGGCUCUCCGUCACCUCCUUCACCUGCUUCUUCGGCCUCAUCCAAUUCUUCAUCAUCGCCGUCGCCUUCGAGCGCGACACUCAGGCCUGGCUCUUUCACUCCGGCGCUGAAGCCUUCAGCAUCGUUUACGCGGGGGUGGUGGCUUCGGGGAUAGCGUUUGCGGUUCAGAUCUGGUGCAUUGACAGGGGCGGCCCGGUUUUCGUAGCGGUCUACCAACCGGUUCAGACCUUCGUUGUCGCUGUUAUGGCUUCCUUCGCUUUGGGCGAAGAGUUCUACUUGGGAGGAAUCAUAGGGGCGGUGCUGAUUAUAUCGGGGCUCUACCUUGUGCUGUGGGGCAAGAGCGAAGAGAAGAAAUUCUUGUUGGCAAGGGCAGUGAUCCAGUCCGCUCCGGAGCACAGUAGCAACAGAACAACCGCCCACAUCAAGCCGUCCCUUACCGCCCCACUUCUCCAUCCUUCGGCUGAAAAUGUUUGACCAGCCACACGGAAACACGCCCAACUUUUGACUCCCUCGCGACACGUGUCCUUCCUACAACAAGCUUCGCCAAUUACUUCAGUGUGUUCCUUUUUUCUUUUUUCUUUUCUUUUUUUUAGUUUGAAAAUUAGAAGGAAGAGGGAAAAUGGAGAGCGAGAGAUGGUGGGGCCAGGGGUAUGAAUGUGAUUAUCUACUGUGUGGGGGCCACAGAGCCCGAAAACCCCAUUAUAUUUAUAUAUAUGUUUUGUAUUGUUGAUGUUAAUGAAUGGCUUGAUUUAUGAAAAAAAAGAGAAUGAGAAGAAA